AUGGUAGGACCUCCUCCAUAUAAGCUAGUUCUUUUAGGAGAUUCGUCCGUGGGAAAAACCUCUCUUGUCCAUCGGUUUGCAACGGACAAUUUCGAUGAACACACUGCAAACACUAUUGGUGCUGCCUUCAUAACCAAGGAAUAUGAUUCAACUAAUACCGACCGUAAGGUAAAAUUUGAAAUAUGGGACACUGCAGGUCAAGAAAGAUACAGAUCUUUGACACCAAUGUAUUAUAGAAACGCGAAAAUAGCCCUAGUUUGUUAUGAUCUAUCUAAUCUAGACAGUUUUGAUAAAUGUAAAUAUUGGAUAGACCAAUUAAAUACCACUGAAGAUAACAUUCAAAUCAAGUUGGUAGGGAAUAAAAGUGACUUGCUUGCAGAGGAUGCAGACAUGGAAACAAUAGAAGAAUUCUGUAAUUCUAACAACAUUCCACAGUAUAAGACUAGCGCGAAAUCCGGACUGGGGAUUCCAGAACUUUUCAGCGCUAUUAUAGAUGAGAUCGAUGAAUCCAUAUUCACCGACUACAAUGAAAGACAAAUACAAGAAGAGGAGGCCAGCAGGAAUGGUCUGUUUGGGACGAUUGAUUUUUUGAAUGCAAGGUUUAGAAACCCGGAUGCAUCAAGUACGUGCUGCUAA